CCAUUCGCGGCCGGCAGAGUGUCAGGAGGAGGCGGGACUAGCUGGAGGUGGAAGCCUGUGCCGAGCAGAUCGAUGGUCUGCAUUAUGUCUGGAGCCAGCCGUCAGCUCGCUCUUUUCCUCUGCGGCUGUUGCGUGGCUGCCCUGGGGGUCCAGGCCGAGGAGCGCUGCCCGGCUGAGCGUCACCAGGCUGCCCAGUACGUGGCUGCCGUGUACGAGCACCGGUCCAUCCUGAGCCCGAACCCGCUGGCCCUCACCAGCCGCGAGCAGGCCUUGGAGCUCAUGAACCAGAACCUCGACAUCUAUGAACAGCAAGUGACGAUCGCGGCCCAAAAGGGUGUACAGAUUAUAGUGUUUCCAGAAGAUGGCAUCCAUGGAUUCAACUUUACAAGAACAUCCAUUUACCCGUUUUUGGACUUCAUGCCUUCUCCCCACUUGGUCAGGUGGAACCCAUGCCUGGAGCCCCACCGAUUCAAUGACACGGAAGUCCUCCAGCGCCUGAGUUGUAUGGCUGUCAAGGGAGAGAUGUUCCUGGUGGCCAAUCUUGGGACAAAGCAGCCUUGUCAUAGCAGUGACCCUGGGUGCCCAAAUGAUGGCAGAUACCAGUAUAACACGAACGUGGUGUUCAGCAGUAAUGGAACCCUGGUUGACAGCUACCGCAAACAAAACCUCUACUUUGAAGCAGCGUUCAAUACCCCCCUGGAAGUGGAUCGCAUCACCUUUGAUACCCCCUUUGCUGGCAAGUUUGGCAUCUUCACUUGCUUUGACAUAUUGUUCUUCGACCCUGCUGUCAGGCUCCUCAUAGACUCAGAGGUGAAGCAUGUCGUGUAUCCGACCGCCUGGAUGAACCAGCUCCCACUCUUGGCAGCCAUUCAGAUUCAGAGGGGUUUCGCCAUCACCUUUGGCGUCAACUUUCUGGCUGCGAACAUCCACCAUCCAUCUCUGGGGAUGACGGGAAGUGGCAUACACGCCCCUCUGAAGUCCUUUUGGCACCAUGACAUGGAAAGCCCCGAAGGUCACCUUAUAAUUGCCCAGGUAGCCAAAAAUCCACAGGGUCUCAUUGGUACAGGGAAUGCCACAGGGAAAAUUGACCCAUCCCAUAGUAAGUUUUUAAAAAUCUUGGCAGGGGAUCCAUACUCUGAGAAGGAUGCUCAGGACGUCCACUGUGAUGGAGCCCCCAAAUGGAACACGAAUGCCCCUCCCACGUUUAACUCUGAGAUGAUGUAUGACAAUUUCACCCUGGUUCCCGUGUGGGGCAAGGAAGGCUACCUCCGAGUCUGUGCAAAUGGCCUUUGCUGUCAUUUGCUUUACCAGAGGCCCACUCUGUCCAAGGAGCUGUAUGCCCUGGGGGUCUUUGACGGCCUUCACACUGUGCACGGCACUUACUACGUUCAAGUCUGUGCCCUGGUCAAGUGUGGCGGUCUUGGCUUUGAAACCUGUGGGCAGGAGGUCACAGAGGCUGCGGGGAUAUUUGAGUUUCACCUGUGGGGGAACUUCAGUACGUCCUAUAUCUUUCCAAUGCUUCUGACCUCAGGGAUGACCCUGGAAACCCCUGACCAGCUGGGCUGGGAGAAUGAUCAUUAUUUUCUGAGGAAGAGCGGACUGUCCUCCGGCCUGGUGACGGCAGCUCUCUACGGGCGGUUGUAUGAGAAGGACUAAGGGGGUGUGGGGUGGGCUCCCCCUGCACUGGCACAGGCCAAAGCUCACAGCACCGGGACCACUUCUUCGCCCUAGAGCCCAUCCUGGGAGCCACGGGAAGAGGUAGGGAGACAGAUUUCGCCAGCGUCUUUUCCUCUUAAGCGCAAAUUUGUGAGACAUUUUCUGGUAUUUUCUACUCACAUUUCUAUUUUUCAAGCCACGUCUUCCUCCAGCAGAUCUUCCAUUACACAAUUGUUUUAAGAGCGCAAACAAAAAUAAAUGUCAGUUUAUAUUUUACAUGUCCACAA